AGGGAUCUGGCGCCCUCUAUCGCCCAUACAUGAUUCGCUGCUGAGUUGUCAACACGAAUUUAUGAAAUUUGUACGAUAUGACAGUUUCUUGCUUGGGCUCGGGAGGUCAUUGAUCUUCCUUUGCAUCUGAUUUGGAGAAGCCUAAGUUAGAGAUUGGGCCAGGAUAAUAUCAGGAGUUUCUAUGUAAGCAUCUUGCCGAGACUGAUCUCAACAUUCUGAAGAUGUCUACCAACUUCAGGCUGAUACGUUGCUUUUGUUACGGGAUAGCAAUCUCAUCCCUCAUCUGGCUCAUACUGAUCUACAAUUUCCUUAGUGAUGUUGGCAAAGAUGCCCCCGAUGGGCUACCAGGGGGAAAGUACAACCCCGGGAGAGUGAAGAUGAUCCCAAGACAUAGAGGCGGUGUCAAGCCUCCUCUUGGAGUGGUUGGGGGUGUCGUGGAGGACAAUGAUCAAUGGAGAGUGAAUAACUUAGUUGUGCAGGAUGAAGGUGGUAAUGACUUGAAUGCCGUAAGAUUUAACCCAAAAGUCUUAAAUCCCAAGGAUGCAGUCUACAGAAGAGAUGGAAAGGCAGUCAGGUCAAGACAGAAGUUUAAAGCAGAUUCUCCAGGUGAAUGGGGUGAUGAUGAGCUUGGUUUGGUGAGGAACGAUGAAGAGAGGGCGAUAAGAGAUCGUGGUUACCGUCAGCAUGCCUUUAAUGAACUCAUCAGCCAACGGGUCGGCUUACACAGAAAUGUCACGGACACAAGAAAUCCAUUAUGCAAAUACCAGGUAUAUUCUGAAGAGCUUCCUACAACAAGCGUUGUAAUCUGCUUCUAUAAUGAGGCUUGGUCCACCUUAUUGCGGACAGUCUACAGUGUUCUUGAUCGUACCCCCAGGAGGCUCGUCCAUGAGAUCAUUCUCGUUGAUGACUUUAGUGAACUCACACACCUGAAGGCAGAACUUGAUCAGUACAUGGCAGAGAAUUUCAAUGGCCUGGUGCGUGUUGUCCACAAUGAGAAGAGGGAAGGACUGAUCCGAGCAAGGACCAUUGGAGCAAGACAUGCAACGGGGGAUGUCCUCAUGUUCUUGGACAGCCACUGUGAGGUGAAUGAGCUCUGGUUGGAGCCUCUGCUAGAGAGGAUCAAAGCUGAUCCACAUACCGUAGUCUGUCCCAUCAUUGAUAUCGUCAGUGCUGACACGUUCGCCUACACCGGGUCUCCGCUUGUCAAAGGGGGUUUUAACUGGGGUAUGCACUUCAAAUGGGAGAGCAUCAGGCCUGGAAAGCUUGCUGGUAAAGAAGAUUAUGUGAAGCCAAUAGAGUCUCCUACGAUGGCUGGUGGUCUCUUUGCAAUGAACAGAGAAUACUUCCAUGAACUAGGAGAAUAUGAUGAAGGCAUGGAUAUAUGGGGUGGAGAGAAUCUGGAAAUCUCAUUUAGGAUAUGGCAGUGCGGAGGAAAACUGGAGAUAGUUCCAUGCUCUCGGGUCGGCCAUGUUUUCAGAAAACGUCGACCCUAUGGCUCUCCAAGUCGGCAGGACACGACGACUAAAAAUGCUGUCAGAGUCGCUGAAGUCUGGAUGGAUGAGUAUAAGGAGCAUUUCUACAAUGUCCAGCCCAGGGCCAGAGAUAUUACCUACGGGGACAUCUCAUCUCGUCUGGCCCUGCGGGAGAAGCUCAACUGCAAGUCCUUCAAGUGGUACCUGGAUACCGUCUACCCAGAGAUCAGGACACCAGAUGAUAACAAGGGCAAAUCAGAUGGGGUGGUCAGAGGAGGAGCGCAGAGGAUUGAAAGGAAAGCCGCACCAACGUCACUCCGCAAGGGGAAGCUAAAGCAUGUUUCUACUGGCCUAUGUCUGGUGCCUAAUACAGUUGAGUUGGUCAAAGGAACAGAGCUUAUCCUAGGAGGGUGUGAGUUCCUGGGUAGCACCAAGACAAAGACAUGGUACCAGACUUCUGUAGAGGAACUGAAGCUGGGUGAUGCCAUUUGCAUGGACAUGAUGGAGGGAAACCCUGCUUCCACUCCUCAACUACGCAAGUGUGAUGGAAUGGGGGGCUCCCAACGCUGGCGUAUCAAGAAUAAGAAAAUAUACCAUCCUGUUACCGGUCAGUGCCUGAGCAUAAAGGAGUUUGGCACUGUACAGAUGGCCCAUGUAGAUAUCUGUAGUGAUGACCCUAUGCAGGAAUGGGAAUACCAAGCACACAGGUGACACGUCAGUAUUGAAAGAAGGUUGCAUGUCACAAGCUUUCAAUUUUGAGCCAUGGUAGGAUGAAAAGUACAUUAAUAAUAACUGUGAUGAUAAUCUUGAAUGGAAUUAAUGAUCUAGAGUGUGACAUAUUUUUGAGGGGUAAGUCAACUCUGAUUCUGAGCUGAACCUGGGUCCUGUAACACAAAAGAUUUUAAUGGGUCGCAAAUAUUGUGGAAGAUCAAGUCUGAUUGGUUCCUGGUCAGUGUUUAAAAUGAACUGUGCAUGGGAGAAUGAUCUUGAUUGGCCAUUGCGAUCUAGCUAAAGAUUACAAAGCUUUGUGUCAUAGAGCCCCAAUUGCUGUUCUUAUUUUGCCAUGAAAGACAGCGAACCAUUAUUGAAUUUAGAGGUGGUCAGUGAGUAUGGCCACCAGAUAAUAUUUACAUGUACUUCAUUAAUUCGUCACUUUAUCAUAGCAUUUAUGGUACAUAGUAUGUACAAGAAUUGCCGACAAGUGAGUGAUGUCCAAAAACAAAACUUAACAUAAAACACAAAAACAGUCUGACUGAUUUUAUUAGUAAUAACUUGAAAGUCUUUUUUUAUUACUUCACUUUUUUUUUUCUCUCUUUCUUUCUCCUUUCUCAUGAAAAUGAGAUUUAACAGUACUAGACUAGUAGUGUGUGCAUUGUAGUUUUUAUUUUUGUUUACUUCUUUGAAAAAAUGAGCUAUUAGAAAAUGUAUGUAUGCUGCAAAAAUAACAUUAUACUGUCUAGAAAAUGUGCUUAAAACAAUUUACAUACAUGUGAGUUUAUUUGUAUCAUUCAAUACUGGAAUUUCAAAAACAACAAUUUCCUCCCUGGAAGUACAUAGAAUAGAACAGUAAGCACGUUGAUAUUUGUCUCGCCUGCAUAGCAGAGCGAGACUAUAGGCGCCGCUUUUCCGACGGCGGCGGCGGCGUCGUCAACAUUGAAAUCUUAACCAAGGUUAAGUUUUUGAAAUGUCAUAACUUAUAAAGUAUAUGGACCUAGUUCAUGAAACUUAGACAUAAGGGUCAUGAAGUAUUACUGAACAUCCUGCCUGAGUUUCAGGUCACAUGACCAAGGUCAAAGGUCAUUCAGGGUCAAUGAACUUAGACCAUGUUGGGGGAAUCAAUAUCGAAAUCUUAACCAAGGUUAAGUUUUUGAAAUGUUGUCAUAACUUAUAAAGUAUAUGGACCUAGUUCAUAAAACUUAGACAUAAAGGUAAUAGUGUAUCACUGAAUAUCCUACCUGAGUUUUGCAUCACAUGAUUAAGGUCAAAGGUCACUUAGGGUCAACAAACUGGCCAUGUUGGGGUUAUUUGAGGAAUUGUCAUAACUUUAAAAGUUUAUGGAUCUAGUUCAUGAAACUUGGACAUAAGAGCAACCAUGUACCCCUAAAUAUAAUGUGUGAGUUUCAGGUCACAUGACCAAGGUCAAAGGUCCCUAAGGGUCAACGAACUUUGGCCAUAUGGGGGUAUUUGAAGAAUUGUCAUCAUAACUUUGAUAUUUUAUGGAUUUAGUUCAUAAAGCUUGGACCUAAGAGCAAUCAAGUAUCCUUGAACAUCCUGUGCUAAUUUCAGGUCACAUGACCAAGGUCAAAGGUCAUUUAGGGUCAACAAACUUUGGUAAUGUUGGGGGUAUUUGUGGAAUUGUCAUCGUAACUUUAAAAGUCUAUGGAUUUAUUUCAUGAAACUUGGACAUAAGAGCAGCAGUGUAUCCUUGAAUACCCUGUGUGUUUCAGGAACAUGGCCAAGGUCAAAGGUCAUUUAAAGGUCAAUGUACUCUGCUUGGGAGUAUGUGUGGAAUUGGCAUCAUAACUUAAGAAGUUUAUGGUACUUGCUCAUGAAACAUCAACAUAAGGGUAAUCAAGUAUGAAUGAUAGUUUUGCACAAUCCUUAGGUCACAUGAUCAUGGUCAAAGGUCAUUUUGGGUCAAUGGACAUAAUAUUUUAGUAUCCUAUUAAUGUUUCUUCUGUGAAUAAUUAUUCAUUAGCUGUUUUUCAAAGGAAGCAAUGCUGCUAUAUCGAAUUGCGUAAUGCAGGCGAGACUGCCAGAGGCGUUCCACUUGUCUUUUCUUUUACUUCCUUUUAAUGUAUAUUGAUGGUGUAUGUAUAUACCAGAGACUAUAUUUUUCUAUUGCUUGUGCUAUUUUUGAAGUAUGACUGACUAAGAAAGGGUGCUUUUCGACACACAGUAAGUACACAUAAUUUAUGUUCUUGUCAUUGUUACCGUUUGUUCCAUGUCAAUGUACAACUUGCCAAGAAUCUGUGGGGUAUCUAGAGAGUGGGGGGGGGGGUGUGACCCAGGUGUCAUGGGGGUGAAAAAAGGCAAGAAAGAAGUAUAAGGUUAAGAUUUAAUGUGAUGAACAUCUAAAGAAGCACUUUGCAAAAGAUGGCAGGUGCAGGGCAGAAUUUUUUUUUCAGAAUUUUUGGUCUUCUACACUUUCCUUUCAUUUUCUAACAGCUUCCAAUUGAAGUUAAUUCCUAUUACAGGAUUUCUAGAUAUCACUGGAUUGUACUGAACUAUCCAAGAUCAAUCAAUAAUUUAAACUAUUGUUAUAUUUUCUUUACUUGUAUGUAGAAAUUUACCAAAAGUCAUUUUGGGGGAGAAGUAUUCGGCUUAUGUAUGAUGUUCAUGUAUUUGCUGCUUUUAAUAUAGAUAAUAAUGAUAGGAAAUGAUAUGGUAGUGUAUACAAUUCAAAGUAUUGAUGAUUUUGCAUUCCUACCUAUUUUUUUUUGCUGUCUUCCAACCAAGUCUUCUAAUUGCUAUUUCCUGAAUAGAGAUCUUUGCUCUUCAAGUAUUGUGUGACCUAGCAUCUUCUGCUCUGUUUAAGAACCUUUGCAGCACCUGAUAGUGAAAACCAAAGCUUUUGAUUAUUUCAUUCAUUGCAGGAUACAUCGUAGUAAGGAUGUGUCUCUGUUAUUGGAGCAUGUAACAACUUAAAACACAUUUAACAUACAUAUGCUGAAGUAGUGUUGUAGGAAAUAUUAACAAUGAAUUGAAAAAAUCUGGACAAACUUCUUUAAAGAUGCAUUCUUGAUAGCAAAGGUGGGUUUGUUUUUCUCAUUUCUCUCUCCCUGUCAUGUAUCUUUUUCCUCUCAAUUCUUAAGUCAUUUUCACAUCUUCUUCCUUCUGUUUGAUAUAGAGAAAGGCACAUGUACAAUUAAUUAUGCCAUUACCAAGUUGUACCUGUACAAUGAUAAAUAUUAAGCCAGUAAAACAUACAUCUUUAUAUAAAAAAACCUCAUAAACUGAAAUAUUUUAAAGUAAUUGUGUGUGUAUUAUUUGUGAUGUCUCAAAAUAUUAUGAAUAUUGGUUUAAAAUACAAUGUGAUAUAUUCCCAAUCAAACUCCUAUUGAAAGUUUGUUGAUUUGGUGGGAGUUAGUGGUAUGUGUAUUCAUCUAAAUUUAAUAAGUAAGUAAUUCUUGGUAUUUAAGGGUGUACAUAUUUUGUUUGAUAUGUUAAUGCUGGGGAGUGUUUCAUAAACAUUUCGUCUGACAACUUUCCUUGAUUCUGAUUGGCUGUGAGGCACUGUUACUAUGGUAACUGUCAGAUAAAACAGAACUCGUUGGAUAAGACGUCCGACAGGUCCUUCAUGAAACACUCCCUUUGUCUAAAGUUUUUCUAUCUCAUGGUGGUAUGUUGUUUAUUUGUUUGUUUUUUAAGAACUCAUUUUGUUUGACAAUCUUGUUGUUCAUGUAGAUUUUAUUACAGUCAACUCAUUAUAGUAAUUAUGUUACACCCUUUCACAAAAUUUACUUUCUCUCUGAUGGUAGCAUUGGCAGCUUGGUUGAAUGUACUUCUAGCAAUAUGUAUUUUCUUUAUGGAUCGUUGCAAGAUACUUGUGUUCUGUUGCAACUGAACUUUCUUGCAAUGUCUCUUUUUGUGCUUGAUUUGCAAUUAUAUAUAAGUUUUUGCAACACCCAGGCUACUUUAUGGUUCUUCUGGUAAGUCACAGAUAACAGUUCUUGCCACUGAUACAGACUUAGCAAUGAUUGACAAUAUUUAAUAUUAAUUUCUUUUUUCUUCUGAAUAUUAUUCAUCUAAUUUUAUUUCAAUUUUACUCUGUCUGUUUUCUACCAAGAAUGUGACAGUUUGAUAGUGUAGUCACAAGGGGGGGGGGGGGGCUGGUUCAUGCUUUUGAAGCGAACUACUUCAGGCCUUAAAUUAACAGCACAAAUGAGACAAAUGGAAAAUAGCUUAAAAUAAAAGGUGGGAAAACAGUCAGAGGGACUUAAUAAGGCAUCAAAGCAGUCCAGGUUGUACACAAAUGGAAGCCCUUCUAUUUGUUGUAAGUUGUGCAUGCCUAGAAUAUGGCACGCAAUUGGCUUCUCAAUCAUGGCUGAAACUGUGCAGAUCAAAGAUAUCAACAUACCAUGUAUAGUCCAUUGGUAAAUUAACACUUGGGCUCCAUCGUACAGAGUUACAAUUGAUCCAAUCAACAACUUUGGAAAGCCAGCAACGCCAACAUGUAAAAUGCAUGUUUAUUUAAAAUGUUUCCUAGAUGUGAUGUAUGAUCAUACAAUCAAUGUUGUUUUGACAAUUGGGUUUGCCCCUCUUUGGAUACAAAAAACAUUGUACAAAUUUCUUUUUGGAAAUUUAUGACGAUGGAUUUCCAUAUAGUUACUGUUGAUCAGAUCAAUCGCAACUGUUUGUAAGACGGGUCUUUGUUUACACCCAUUACUACUUUAUGCUUUAAUAGUCUUAUCUCAUAUGGUCUAAUCCUAAUUUGUCUAUUUAACCUGUUCGUUCACAAACCAUUUUGGUCUAACUGCCAUUUUAGCCCACCAUUUUGGUAAUUUCCAGUUAGGCUAUACCUAUUUCAUCUAAUAUCCACUUGGUUGAACUGUUCAUGAAUUGAAUUCUAAUUUGACAAAGUACUUAGUAAAUAGACAUCUGAGCAUUACACUGACUGACAAUUAUACAAGUGUAGACGAAGUGUAGUAUGCACUAAAUUGAUAGUAGACCAAAUGGGUUUAGCCCAAAGGUUUAGCCUAUGUGAUAUUAGACUAUAUGAUAUGUAGACCAAUUGCGUGUAGACCAAGUGAUAAACUAGUACAUCUUGGUAUAUAUUGUUUUCUUAACUCACGAUGGGCCUAGACUAGACGCACAAAGUUUGAUCAUGAUAAUGAUUGUAAUUGUGAAUUGUAUAAACUAUGGUGAUUUUGUAUAUUUUUGCAUGUUAUAGGUAGCUUGAAGCUGUAGAUUUUAUUUAUCUUGUAAUACAAAGAGAAUUUUGCUCUAUUCAUAAGAAAUUAAAAUGGAAAAUGUGAUUCCAUCUGUA